GUGCUGGAGUUCCCACUCUUAAAAAACAAAUCCUGGAUUGGUUACCACAACCAUAUAAUAAUGUUGUUUUUUUUCUUCGUGCAUUUCGUUCUACACCUGUAGAUUAUCGAUCCAUGUUGGAUAAUAUGUCAAUUUUUAAUUAUUUUCCAGAAGAAGAAAAUCUUCCACAAGAUGUCUACCAUAUUCUCAUAACAAAAUACUAG